AAAACGGGCUUUGCGUGGGGCGAGGCCGAUAAAUACCACACCAACGAGGGCUAAAUAGUCACGCUUCGGAGAGUUGCGCAUCAGUCAGAAGUUCCACGGUUCAACAUUUGUGGUUUUAUCUUGCACUAGCAGAGAUCUGCAGAACAUUGUCCGAACAGUGGUGUGAAAGAUAAAAAAGGCAGAAAAGACAUGGCUCUUUCAAACAACCAUAGUUCUGUGAUCAAGGGUAAACAAAAUGAUAUUCCUGUAUCAAGUUGUGGAAGCCAACGACAAGGCGAUGGCUCGCGUAAUAUCUGCCAAGGGGGUGAAAAGGUGUGUAUUUUUAAGGUGCCUGACCCGAUGAUCAAUAGUAAUAGGGAUGCUUAUGUUCCUUGCAUUGUAUCGUUAGGUCCUUACCACCAAGGUGAAAAAAGUACAAUGGAUAAAUAUAAACGUCAAGCUGUUCGUAGAUUAGCGACACGGAUAAACAAAAAAGAAGAAUGUUUGAUGGAAGAGAUUCAAAAGUUAGAGAAAGAAAUCAGGGAGCACUAUGAAGAAGAAGAAAUAAAUUGCGAUGGAGAAAAAUUGUGGUGGAUGAUGACAGAUGAUGCCUGUUUCAUUCUUGAAUUCUUCAAGUGUGCAGCGGAAACAAGAGAUGAUCAGAAUAUCCAAGGUUGCUAUAGCCAUGUUUUCCAAAAUAAGGGUUACAAGAACUGUAUGCAUAGUGCUAUAUUAACUGACAUUAUGAAGUUGCAAAAUCAGGUUCCUAUGUUUAUUCUCAUCAAACUACUUCAAUUGGAGUUUGCUGAUGCAAAAAGAGAAUUAGCUAGAAUAUUGAGCAACUCCAACCCGUUUAAAGGAUUUCCUUUCAAUUCAAAACAGGAAAAUGAUGAGGAUAUAAAAUCAAAGCUGGAAAAAUAUAUUGAGGAAAAUCCAUGUCAUUUAUUGGAUUUGUAUAGAAUGGUGAUUAGUGAUCGGUUAAUUCCAAGCUCAGAAUCGUUCAGGGCAGAAUCGUCUAGGUCAGAAUUGUCUACUGCUUAUAGAUGUGGUUAUCAGCAACUACCUUCUUCCAAUGUUGGUGCUCAACCUCACAAAGAUAAGGAAAAAUUAGAGAGGUAUAUCCCUUGUGCCGAAAAAUUAGAGAACGCUGGUAUUGAAAUUAAAUCAGGCCCUAUCAAGUUUCAAAAGACAAAGUUUGGAAUCAGUAAGCUUUUCCUUCCUCAAAUCACGGUAAAGUAUAGGACAGAAACAUUGCUGCGGAACCUGGUUGCUUAUGAAGAGUGUCAAAGGUGUUCAUCGAAUCCAAAAAAACCUGUGAUUUCAAGUUAUGUAAAUCUCUUAGAUAAACUAAUUGAUUCAGAGAAAGAUGUUGCCUUGCUUCAUGAUUCCAAAAUCAUUAAGAGCUUCGUCGGCAGUGAUGAAGUUAUAGUUGGCAUGUUCAACAAACUUGCAAUUGGAAUGACAGUUGAACCUCCUGAUGGUGAUAGAAUCGAAAAUUUUGAAUCAAUUCCUCAGCUUGACGAGGUAAUGGCAGACGCGCGAAAGCAUUACAAAAAUAAAUGGAAUCGGUUGAUGAGCGAGUUUCACCAAACGUAUUUUUCAAAGCCGUGGUAUAUUGUGUCUCUUUUGGCGGCGACAGCUCUUCUGGUUAUGACACUUAUUCAAACUGUGUAUGCAGUGAAGUAGAGUAGAAUUUAUUAUUGUUCAAUCUUGAAUCAUGACUUGAUAUUUGUUAAGCUCGUCAGAAUCAAUUCUGAAUUAUUUAGGGCUAGAUGGUUUUGCUCUAGAUUGGAUGGAUUUCUUUUUAAGGACGAUAUUAUAUUUUAUUCUAGUUAGCGUUUGAUUUUUAGAACAUUAAAUCUCUAUUAAUACCAACUCUUUAAUGUAUUUUGUUUGUUUUUUUAUUAAAUUAAUAAUUGCUUGUGUUAUGA